UUUAAUUAUUGGAUAACAGUAUCGUGUUUGCGUCUUAUUUAAUAAAACUUUUAAAAUUAAUAUUAAAAAAGGAUUUCUGAUAUCGAAAAUGUUUGCAAAAAAUAUCUGGCUCUUUUUGCUGAUACUGGUAUUCAGUCUUAAAGAUAUAGAAGCCAGAUAUGGUGGCCCUCCUUCUUCAUCCUCAACAUCCAAGGGAGACUGUGAUAGUACAUGCGGGAUGAUUCACGGAAUCGUUUGGGCAAGCAUCCUUGUUGUAGGGGGUAUCGUCUUUGUGGUAAUAGUUAUUUUAAAAAAGAAAGGUCUGAUUUGCCAAGAGAACAAAACAUCACCAGAAACAUCUUCCGUUGCUGCCAUAACAACAGGAACGUCAACACUGUACGGCGAUUACGGCGUUCAAGCUCCGGCGUACACCGAGAAGAAUUUCCCAACGGAUCAAAACAUUAGUGGUGCAACACAAGACAAUGGACCAUACAGUGUGUCGUAUGGAAAGAGCUAACGAUUUUCUCAAGUCAUAUAACAAUAUAUGUUUGUUAGAAUGUUAACAUACUCAUAUGGAAUCAUUGCUUUCAUUGCAGCGAAUGCUUAAGAUGCACUCUUACUCCCAAAUAAGAUUUUUCACAAUUAACACAAUUCUUUUAAUAUACCAAUAAGGAUGAAUAGAUGUCGAAAACAAUGGUUCUUAUAAAGGAUACCUUGUUUAAUUUUAAUGAAAUGUGAAGAAAACACGGUAUUUCUACCUUAUGAGACAUAGUAGAUCACAGUAAAUAUUUUAGCAUUCACCAAUCAGUUAAUAUAUUUGUGUUUUCAGCUAUUAAAUACACGGUUAUAAUCUUGUUAUCAGUAAUUAAUAUUUUCCAUAAUUGCAUUAUUUAGUAAGAAGAAAAAUGUGUAUCACUUAAAAUGUAUAUUUGUAAUACAUGUGUAUGUAUUGAUUUUGAAUAAAAAUGUCAC